AUUUUGUUGGCAACUCUAUUUCUGCGAGUCGAUUAGAAAACGUUUGCACACAUUUUUUCCGCAGAUAUUUUAUCAAAAAUAAAGAAAAAUAUCAAUUUUUUAUCUUCAUAAUCCUGUGAAAACGAUAAUAUAACUUACGAUAAAUAGGGUUUGCGGUCCACUUGUUUAUAGCAAAGGCAUACGAAAAUGUCGUUGCCACCAUAUAUGAUACCACCCAAUGCCUGGGCGGCACAAAUAAUGGCGCAGCAGCACGCUCAGGCUUAUGCUGCUGCCGCUCAGGUGCAGCAAGCACAAAUGCACGCACAUCAAAUGGCUAAUCAAAUACAACAAAUACCUCCACCGGGCGCACCGUUGGCAGGGCCAAUGACAAACGGCAAUGUUGGGAUGCAACCAGGUGGAAUGGGGGGUGGUGGUAUAACUCAAGCAAACCUUGGACAAAUACCGACGCCCAAACCGGACAUAAUUACUGAGGAAAAAUUACAAGAAAAAGCGCAAAAAUGGCAGCAAUUGCAAUCGAAGCGAUUUGCAGAGAAACGAAAGUUCGGAUUCGUAGAUGCGCAAAAAGAGGACAUGCCUCCAGAGCACAUCCGCAAAAUUAUACGGGAUCAUGGUGAUAUGACAUCGCGCAAAUAUAGACAUGACAAGCGUGUAUACCUAGGUGCCUUGAAAUACAUGCCACAUGCUGUGUUAAAACUACUUGAGAACAUGCCAAUGCCCUGGGAGCAGAUACGAGAUGUGCAGGUGUUGUAUCACAUAACAGGUGCCAUCACAUUCGUCAAUGAAAUACCAUGGGUUAUUGAGCCAGUUUAUAUUGCUCAAUGGGGAACCAUGUGGAUUAUGAUGCGUCGAGAAAAACGUGAUCGUCGCCAUUUCAAACGUAUGCGCUUUCCACCCUUCGAUGAUGAGGAACCGCCAUUGGACUAUGCAGACAACGUUUUGGACGUGGAACCUUUGGAAGCCAUUCAGAUCGAUUUAGAUUCAGAGGAAGAUGGCGCCGUUUAUAAAUGGUUCUACGAACAUAGACCAUUAGUUGGUACUCCGUAUGUUAAUGGCUCAACAUAUCGUAAAUGGAACUUAACUUUGCCACAAUUGGCUACAUUGUACCGUUUGGCCAAUCAGUUGCUGACAGAUUUGGUAGAUGAUAAUUUCUUUUAUCUUUUCGACCCGAAAAGUUUCUUUACGGCUAAAGCAUUGAAUAUGGCUAUACCAGGUGGUCCCAAAUUUGAGCCUCUUAUAAAAGACCACAACGUUGGCGAUGAAGAUUGGAAUGAAUUCAAUGACAUUAACAAAGUUAUAAUACGGCAGCCGAUUCGCACGGAAUAUCGCAUUGCUUUCCCUUACCUUUACAAUAAUAUGCCACAUUUCGUGCACCUUUCCUGGUAUCACACACCCAACGUGGUUUAUAUUAAAACUGAAGAUCCCGAUUUGCCCGCUUUUUACUUUGAUCCACUCAUCAAUCCUAUUUCACAUCGCCAUGCUAAUGCUAAAGUGGUAGAGCCUAUGCCAGAUGAUGACGAGGACUUCUCUUUGCCCGAUGAGGUACAGCCCUUCCUGCAGGACACACCGCUUUACACUGAUAAUACAGCCAAUGGUAUAGCGUUGCUUUGGGCACCGAGGCCUUUCAAUCUACGUUCGGGUCGUUCGCGACGCGCUAUAGAUGUGCCGCUCGUGAAAAGUUGGUACAAAGAACAUUGUCCACCUGGUCACCCAGUCAAAGUACGUGUGAGCUACCAAAAACUUUUGAAAUAUUACGUUUUAAAUGCACUGAAGCAUCGCAAACCAAAACCACAAAAGAAGAGGUACCUAUUUCGUUCAUUCAAAGCGACGAAGUUUUUCCAAACCACAACUCUGGACUGGGUGGAAGCUGGCUUGCAAGUUUGCCGACAGGGCUAUAACAUGCUUAAUUUACUGAUUCAUCGUAAAAAUCUUAACUACUUACAUCUGGAUUACAAUUUCAAUUUGAAGCCGGUUAAAACAUUGACGACUAAGGAGCGAAAAAAGUCACGUUUCGGCAAUGCGUUCCAUUUGUGCCGUGAAAUUCUGCGGCUAACCAAGCUUAUCAUCGAUUCGCACGUUCAAUAUCGUCUUAAUAAUGUUGACGCUUUUCAGCUGGCGGAUGGACUGCAAUACAUUUUUGCGCAUGUCGGUCAGCUAACUGGCAUGUAUCGUUACAAGUACAAGUUAAUGCGACAGAUACGCAUGUGCAAAGAUUUGAAACAUCUAAUAUAUUAUCGCUUCAACACGGGACCUGUGGGUAAGGGUCCUGGGUGUGGUUUUUGGGCGCCAGGUUGGCGUGUUUGGUUAUUCUUCAUGCGCGGUAUAACUCCUUUGUUAGAACGCUGGCUGGGCAAUUUGUUGUCUCGACAAUUUGAGGGUCGCCACUCCAAGGGCGUUGCCAAAACUGUUACAAAACAACGUGUAGAGUCACAUUUUGAUCUAGAGUUGCGUGCUUCUGUCAUGCACGAUAUCGUUGAUAUGAUGCCCGAAGGUAUUAAACAAAAUAAGGCACGUACAAUAUUGCAACACUUAUCGGAAGCGUGGCGUUGUUGGAAGGCGAAUAUACCAUGGAAAGUACCUGGGCUACCUAUACCCAUAGAGAAUAUGAUUUUGCGCUAUGUUAAGAUGAAGGCCGACUGGUGGACUAACACCGCGCACUACAAUCGAGAACGUAUACGUCGUGGCGCUACAGUCGAUAAAACUGUUUGUAAAAAGAAUUUAGGUCGGCUAACACGUCUUUAUCUGAAAGCUGAGCAGGAGCGUCAGCAUAAUUAUCUAAAAGAUGGUCCAUACAUAUCACCCGAAGAGGCUGUAGCCAUUUACACGACAACGGUGCAUUGGCUGGAGUCACGGCGCUUCGGCCCGAUUCCAUUCCCACCACUUUCCUAUAAACACGAUACUAAACUACUGAUUUUGGCAUUAGAACGUCUGAAGGAAGCCUACAGCGUUAAAUCGCGUUUAAAUCAGAGUCAACGCGAAGAAUUGGGUCUCAUUGAGCAGGCUUACGAUAAUCCACAUGAAGCGUUGUCGCGUAUAAAACGUCACUUGUUAACACAGCGUGCGUUCAAGGAGGUUGGUAUUGAGUUUAUGGACUUGUAUAGUCAUUUAAUACCAGUGUAUGAUGUUGAACCGCUAGAGAAAAUAACGGAUGCCUAUUUGGAUCAAUAUUUGUGGUAUGAGGCAGACAAACGUCGCCUCUUUCCGCCAUGGAUUAAACCGAGUGACACUGAGCCACCACCAUUAUUGGCGUAUAAGUGGUGUCAAGGCAUCAACAAUCUACAGGAUGUUUGGGACGUAGGCGAGGGCGAAUGCAACGUUUUGCUGGAAUCACGAUUCGAAAAACUUUACGAAAAGAUUGAUUUAACACUUCUCAAUCGUUUGCUACGUCUUAUUGUGGAUCAUAAUAUUGCGGAUUACAUGACAGCUAAGAAUAACGUCGUCAUUAACUACAAGGACAUGAACCACACCAACAGUUAUGGCAUUAUAAGAGGUCUACAGUUCUCUUCGUUUAUAACGCAGUACUAUGGAUUGGUUUUGGAUUUGUUAGUGCUUGGGCUGCAUCGCGCCAGUGAGAUGGCUGGACCACCACAAAUGCCUAACGACUUUUUGACGUUCCAGGAUACAGUCACUGAGACAGCACAUCCUAUACGUUUAUAUUGCCGAUAUGUGGAUCGCAUUCAUUUGUUCUUCCGCUUUUCGGCGGAAGAGGCUCGUGAUUUAAUUCAGCGUUAUCUCACCGAACAUCCAGAUCCAAAUAAUGAAAAUAUUGUUGGCUACAACAACAAAAAGUGCUGGCCCAGAGACGCGCGUAUGCGAUUGAUGAAGCACGAUGUCAACUUGGGCCGCGCUGUUUUCUGGGAUAUUAAGAAUCGAUUACCACGCUCGGUUACAACAAUUAACUGGGAGAAUACUUUCGUUUCAGUCUACUCAAAAGAUAAUCCGAAUCUAUUAUUUAAUAUGUGCGGUUUUGAAUGCCGAAUUCUACCAAAGUGUCGUACGCAAACUGAAGAAUUUACACAUCGUGAUGGUGUCUGGAAUUUACAAAAUGAAGUAACAAAGGAGCGCACGGCUCAAUGUUUUUUGCGUGUUGAUGACGAAUCGUUGGGACGUUUCCAUAAUCGUGUCCGCCAAAUUCUUAUGGCGUCUGGCUCAACAACGUUUACGAAGAUUGUGAAUAAAUGGAAUACUGCGCUUAUUGGUUUAAUGACUUACUUCCGCGAAGCCGUAGUAAAUACACAAGAAUUACUGGAUUUACUUGUGAAGUGCGAAAACAAAAUACAGACUCGUAUCAAAAUUGGUCUCAACUCUAAAAUGCCCUCACGUUUCCCACCUGUGGUGUUCUACACGCCGAAAGAAUUGGGUGGUUUGGGCAUGUUGAGCAUGGGUCACGUGCUUAUUCCGCAAUCCGAUUUGCGUUGGUCUAAGCAAACUGAUGUUGGUAUUACACAUUUCCGCUCAGGUAUGUCGCAUGACGAGGAUCAAUUGAUUCCAAAUUUAUAUCGUUAUAUUCAACCAUGGGAGAGUGAAUUCAUUGAUUCUCAGCGUGUUUGGGCCGAAUAUGCGCUGAAGCGUCAGGAGGCAAAUGCUCAAAAUCGCCGUCUAACAUUGGAAGAUCUCGAAGACAGUUGGGACCGUGGUAUUCCACGUAUAAACACACUCUUCCAAAAAGAUCGUCAUACACUGGCCUAUGAUAAGGGAUGGCGCAUACGCACGGAAUUCAAACAAUAUCAAGUAUUGAAACAAAACCCCUUCUGGUGGACGCAUCAACGUCACGACGGUAAAUUGUGGAAUCUUAACAACUAUCGUACGGACAUGAUACAGGCAUUGGGUGGCGUUGAAGGUAUUCUAGAGCAUACACUCUUCAAGGGUACCUACUUCCCAACGUGGGAGGGUCUUUUCUGGGAGAAAGCAUCUGGUUUUGAAGAGUCCAUGAAGUACAAAAAAUUGACAAAUGCGCAGCGUUCCGGUUUAAAUCAAAUUCCUAACCGUCGUUUUACGCUAUGGUGGUCACCAACUAUAAAUCGAGCUAAUGUGUACGUUGGUUUCCAAGUACAACUCGACUUGACUGGUAUUUUCAUGCAUGGCAAAAUUCCCACCUUGAAAAUUUCGUUGAUUCAAAUAUUCCGUGCUCACUUGUGGCAAAAAAUACACGAAUCGAUUGUUAUGGAUUUGUGUCAGGUAUUCGAUCAAGAAUUGGACGCACUGGAAAUCGAAACGGUUCAAAAAGAGACUAUACAUCCACGUAAAUCGUAUAAGAUGAAUUCAUCUUGUGCUGAUAUAUUGCUAUUCCCUGCUUAUAAAUGGAACGUAUCGCGACCAUCUUUGCUGGCGGACACAAAAGACACAAUGGACAAUACAACAACACAAAAAUACUGGUUAGAUAUACAGUUGCGUUGGGGCGAUUACGAUUCACACGAUGUAGAACGUUAUGCACGUGCGAAAUUCCUUGACUACACCACAGACAACAUGUCUAUCUAUCCCUCACCGACUGGUGUACUCAUCGCCAUAGACUUGGCAUAUAAUUUACACUCGGCUUAUGGCAACUGGUUCCCCGGCUGCAAGACGCUCAUACAACAAGCUAUGGCUAAAAUUAUGAAGGCUAAUCCUGCGCUGUAUGUGUUGCGCGAACGUAUACGAAAAGCGUUGCAACUAUAUUCUUCUGAACCAACUGAACCUUAUCUGAGUUCACAAAAUUAUGGUGAAUUGUUUUCGAAUCAGAUUAUAUGGUUUGUGGACGACACGAAUGUAUAUCGUGUAACUAUACAUAAAACAUUCGAAGGCAAUCUGACAACGAAACCCAUCAACGGCGCAAUUUUCAUAUUUAAUCCACGUACUGGUCAAUUGUUCUUGAAAAUCAUUCAUACGUCUGUAUGGGCUGGUCAAAAACGUCUGGGUCAGUUGGCCAAAUGGAAGACAGCGGAAGAAGUAGCGGCAUUAAUUCGAUCCUUGCCCGUUGAAGAACAACCUAAACAGAUCAUCGUAACUCGUAAGGGUAUGUUGGAUCCAUUGGAAGUGCAUUUGUUAGAUUUCCCAAAUAUUGUGAUCAAAGGCUCUGAACUGCAACUGCCAUUCCAGGCUUGCCUUAAAGUUGAGAAAUUCGGUGACUUAAUUUUGAAAGCCACUGAACCACAAAUGGUGCUGUUUAAUCUCUAUGAUGAUUGGCUGAAGACCAUCUCUUCCUACACAGCAUUCAGUCGAUUGAUUUUAAUUUUGCGUGCACUACAUGUGAAUACCGAACGUACAAAAAUCAUAUUGAAACCAGAUAAGACAACCAUAACUGAGGCUCAUCACAUCUGGCCAACACUCACCGACGAGGAGUGGAUAAAGGUUGAAGUACAGCUUAAAGAUUUGAUUUUGGCCGAUUACGGCAAGAAGAAUAACGUGAAUGUGGCCUCACUUACGCAAUCUGAAAUACGUGAUAUUAUUUUGGGCAUGGAAAUUAGUGCACCAUCGGCGCAACGUCAACAAAUUGCUGAAAUUGAAAAGCAGACGAAGGAGCAAAAUCAAUUGACGGCAACGACGACGCGUACAACGAACAAACAUGGCGAUGAAAUUAUUACCUCGACCACAUCGAACUAUGAAACUCAAACAUUUAGCUCGAAAACAGAGUGGCGUGUGCGUGCUAUAUCUGCAACAAAUCUACAUCUGCGUACGAAUCACAUUUAUGUCAGUUCGGACGAUAUCAAAGAGACUGGGUACACCUAUAUAUUACCGAAAAACAUACUAAAGAAAUUUGUAACGAUUUCCGAUUUGCGUGCACAAAUUGCCGGAUACCUGUAUGGCGUGAGUCCUCCCGAUAAUCCACAGGUUAAAGAAAUCCGUUGCAUUGUUAUGCCUCCACAAUGGGGCACACAUCAGACUAUAAACCUGCCCAACACUCUUCCCACACAUCAGUAUCUGAAAGAUAUGGAGCCACUCGGUUGGAUACAUACACAGCCGAAUGAGUUGCCACAACUGUCGCCGCAAGAUAUCACCACACACGCAAAAAUUAUGCAAGAAAAUGCAACGUGGGAUGGUGAAAAGACCAUAGUUAUAACCUGUUCUUUUACGCCUGGCUCGUGUUCGCUGACUGCUUACAAGUUAACGCCAUCCGGUUUUGAGUGGGGCUCUAAGAAUACAGAUAAAGGUAAUAAUCCUAAAGGUUACUUACCAUCACACUACGAGCGCGUCCAGAUGCUGCUGUCGAAUAAAUUCCUCGGCUUCUUUAUGGUGCCAUCACAGGGCAGUUGGAAUUACAACUUUAUGGGUGUGCGGCACGAUGCAAGUAUGAAGUAUGAGCUGCAAUUGUCGAAUCCUAAGGAAUUCUAUCACGAAAUACAUCGACCUUCACACUUUUUAUUAUUUUCCAAUUUGGAAGAUGCUGGCGACGGGUCGGGUGCCGAUCGUGAGGAUGUGUUUGCGUAGUUUGACAAACACUCAGCAGAGAUAUGUUUAAUCUUUUUCGUAUUUUUAUGUAACUUGAUUUUAGUUAACUUCAUAUGUAUGUAUAUUGUAAAAGAAAUUCAACCAUCGUAAAUUGAAAUAUGGCGAUCGAGCUGUGUAGACUUCAUUAAGAUCAUAAUUAUAGCAAUUUGUUUGAAACAGAAAACGUAAAUAUUUUCAGACUUACAAAUUUAAAACGGACUACAGACAACAAAUAAAUUAAUAAUUUACAAA